AUGCAACCAAACCAUCAGCGAUUGAUCAUGCGUCCCUCUCAUCAUCACAAUGAUGAUCAUAAUGACGGAAAUGAUGCUGCCUCUCUCACACGAUUAUAUCUCGUUGAUUUUUUCUCACAUUCCUCUCUGUCAUCAUUGGAAAUUCCUUGUUCGAAAAAGACAAUGGAAGAAUUAUUUUCAAAAUUCCGAAACAAGAUGAGAGGUGUCAAAACACCGAUAGUUCCCUUCUCCGUCAUGAAUUUUCAACUUGUUGAGACUUGGAAGAAAUUUCCCAUCUCGAUCACGACCAAUGCCAAAGACACUUUGAAAAUUCAUUCUGAAAUUAUGACCGAUUCUGUUGAUGAUGAAAAUUCACAAGAAUAUGAACUGCUUGCUCCAGUGAGCAUUAAAAUUUCCUAUCAUCAUCAAUGUUUGAUUGUGAGUGUAUACAAUAAUCAGAAUACAAUUUUGGUGGAUUUGGAAAAUUCGUGUCGAAAAGUGAAAAAAAUUCUUCCCAUUCAGACCAAUGCGAUCGAAUUGGAGAUGAAUUAUAAUGGCCUUAACCAAGAUGCCUUGUUGUGUUUUAGGAGGGGAUGUGUCACGAAAUUUGACAUGCAUCAACUCUUGACAGAACGAUUUAAAAAGAUAAAACCAUUGUGGAUUUCUGAGAAAUGUUCAUCUUCAGCAUCGAUGGCAAUCGUUGGAAGAGAGGUUUUAGUGACAGGCGACAGAGCAAAAGUUUAUGUAUUGAGCUUGACGAAUGGCCAGUUAUUGCAAACCAUUUCCCUACCAGAUACAAUUUCACGAGUGACAGGAAUUGAUUUUCUUCCACGGAAUGAAGUGGUGAUGGGAGAAGGCCAUCCCUUUGAUCGACUCAUUCUUUGCAGAAAAGAACCAAACGAAGGUCAUGAGGCCCAAUGGAGGUUUAUCAAAAUGUUAGUCGAUGAACAUGAAGGACCAAGAGAGGACAAUGAUUUGGCUUAUCCCUAUCAACUUGUGAUAGACAAAGCAAACAAGAAUAUUAUUGUGAGCUCGUGCUAUAGUCAUCAACUUCGGAUUUUUAAUUCCAACGGACAGAAAAUAAGAUCGUAUGGAUCUAGUGACCAAUUUAGCUUUCCAGAAGGAAUGUGUUUGAAUGAGCAUACAGGAGAGUUAUAUGUGUGUGACACUGAUCAUGGUUGCAUUCAUGUUUUCAAAUAA